UCCUGAUCUUUGCAAGAAACUGCCUGGCGUGCUUAUUUUGGGCAGUCAGCUGAGCUGCUUGUAUUGUUGUCAACAAUACUCGUCCACAGAUGAAUAACUGAAGGUAACAGUGUAACACACACUGCAGAAAAAUGAAGGGUCUGUAUCUUGUGGAACCCAUCGUUGCCAUCUAUGCCUUCGCUAGCUUUUUGGUGUUUCCUCUCGUGCAACAGUACGUUUACCGACGUCUGUGGCAGGAGCUAACGAACACAACGUAUCCUGUGGCAGAUGACAUCUCACGAUGUGCUACCAACAGCAGCAACCACAGCAGUUACCAUGAGGAGGUGCAAAAAGCAGCUUCUCUGUUCUCCCUGUACAGCGAGCUCUUCUCCAUGAUCCCCAGCCUCAUCGUCACCCUCAUUCUGGUGGCCUACAGUGACCACCGCGGCCGUAAGAUCACCAUCAUCCUCCCUUUGGUGGGCUCGCUCAUCUACACCAUCUCUUUCCUGGCCAUCUCCUUCUUCGAGCUCAACCUCUACCUGCUCAUCGCGUCCAACUUCGUCAGCUCCCUCUUCGGGGGAGUGGGGACCCUGCUGGGUGGCUGCUUCUCCUAUAUCGCCGACUUGUGCGAGGACGGCAAGCAGAAGACCCUGCGCAUGGCCGGGGUGGACAUGGUGAUCGGGCUGCUCUCAGGCGUGGCGUCCCUGUCCACGGGCUACUUCCUGAGGGCAGCCGGCUUCAACUGGCCCUUCUUCACUUCCUCCCUGUUCCAGUUCGCCAACCUGCUGUACGCCAUCUUCGUGCUGGAGGAGACGAUGAGACCGCCCGACCCCCUGCUGGCCCCCGAGGGCCCAUCGCGUCCGGCCAUGCAGAAGCUGGUGUACGGGGUGUACCAGCUCUUUGCGGCGGCCAGCCGGAGGAGGAACACCCUGGUGGUGCUCCUGCUCCUCACCUUCACCUUCUACUGCUUCGCCAACAUGGGCGGCAUGUCCAUGAUCACGCUGUACGAGCUCAACGAGCCGCUCUGCUGGAGUGAGAUCCUCAUCGGGUAUGGCUCGGCUCUCUCCACCAUCGUCUUCAUCACCAGCUUCAUCGGGGUGUCCGUUUUCUCGCGCUGCCUGGGCAACGGUACCAUUGUCUUCAUCGGCCUGCUGUCCGUCAUGUCUGGGCUGGUGAUGGUAGCCUUUGCCAAAACCACUCUAAUGAUGUUCCUUGUCAGGGUUCCGAUGCUUCUAGCUAUCAUGCCGGCUCCCGUGCUGCGCUCAAUGAUGUCAAAGGCAGUCUCAAAGUCUGAACAGGGAGCGCUCUUUGCGUGCGUGGCCUUCCUGGAGAGCCUGAGUUCCAACGUGGCCUUCGCUGUGUUCAGCAGCCUGUAUGCUGCCACCGUGGCCUGGUACUCCGGGUUCUGCUUUCUGCUGGCUGCAGGACUGUGCCUCAUCCCCAUGGCCCUGCUGGGGGCUGUAGGACUCGUGGGCCCAGAUGAGCCCAAGGAGGCAGAGCCUCUUUUAUCCGGAGAGGAAACUGACCCAGAGGACGAUGUGCCUUCUGUCUGAUGAACAAAGGGAAUUCGAGAAGAGUGACUGCUCUUUUUACAUGUUCUGUGGCUGAGUCUGGUAAUACAUGUGUUUGAUGACAGCCUUUUAUUUUGGGGUAUCAGGUCUUUGCUGGCCUUUUGAGUUAUGUGGACGCACAAUUAUUCUAUUAAGCUGAAUGCUACAGACCAAAACACCAGAGAAACUAGCCACUGUGUUUGGUUACAACAGUUUUUCUGGCAGGUGUUUGGCUCAGAGGGAGAGGAAGUUGCUCUGUGUAAGCAUGCCAUUUAUGUAGACUUUGGUCCAUUGAAGUAGGGCCAUAUGCUCCCACAAGGUACAAAAAACAUGA